GUUACAGCAAAGUCUUCACAAGUGAGAUCGAGGAAAGGACAGCCAGGGUGACGGAAGUUUGGUCCAAGACACACUACAAGGAUGAAAGGCUACAUUUUUCUUGUGGUCAACUUGGCAGUUUCCUUGACACUCUCCCUAAACCUGAAUGGACCUGAUGGACCAGAGAUAGUGGAAAUUGGUGAAGACAAGGACAUUACAGAUGUAAACAAGGAUUCAUUACAUGAUGACAUUCUUGAGCCACCACAGAGGAGUGCUACCAAUGAAGAUGACAGACUGUGGACGCCCCCAGUCCCAUAUGUUUUGGAAAAAGACCUUGAGAUGAACGCUAAAGGAGUGAUCCUGAGAGCCUUUGAGCAGUUCAGGUUGAAAUCCUGCAUUGACUUCAGACCAAGAGACUCUGAUGAAUAUUACCUUUCUGUCCAAAAGUUAGGCGGAUGUUUCUCAUAUAUUGGACGUUUAUUCACCGGUGGACAGGAUCUCUCCAUCGGCAAAUACUGUGAUGCAAUUUCCACUGUUGAACAUGAGUUUCUCCACGCUCUUGGCUUCUACCAUGAACAGUCCAGAUAUGACAGAGAUGAUCAUGUGACCAUUGCACUUGAGAACGUACAAAAAGGUAAGGAAUAUAAUUUCAGAAAAGUUAGCAAAGAAAGCAGCACAGCAGGGGGAGUCCCGUACGACUACUUGUCUGUGAUGCACUAUAGUAAAAAUGCAUUCAGCAAUGGCAACGGGUCUACAGUUAUCACCAAAGACCCAAAAUUCCAGGAUGUGAUUGGUCAAAGACUGGAAGUGAGUCCCAGUGAUAUCCGAGAGCUCAACCUUCGCUACAAAUGCAACUCAACCAUUGCAUUUAAGAUGUACUGUGGCUUCUCUAAGGAGAACAUGUGCCACAUGACCCGGUGUUCACAGAGUAGCAGUGACUGGAAAAUGGUAACACGUGUUGAUGGGGGUCCUAGCUCUGAUCACACCAGUCUACCCAGUGGCAAUAGUGGUCAAGGCCAAGAUGCAGGUUUCUUCAUGCAUGCUAGCACAGCAUCAGGUGAGGAGGGAGACUCAGCCUGGCUGGAGACCCACAGGAUGAGCCCCAGUAGAGACUGUCAUGUCCAGUGUCUCCAGUUCUACUAUUACCACAGUGGGAACGAGUCCGACAAACUUAACAUCUGGAUCAGGGAGUUUGAAGAUGAAAAUGACUUGAAAGGAACCCGCCGUCUCAUGGGACAAAUCACUGGUUCACCAACAGCUCACUGGCAGCUCCAGCAUGUUUCCCUGAAUGCCAUCAAGCACUUCCAGGUGGAGUUUGAAGCUCGUAAAGGAGCAGGAAGCUCUUCAGGCGGCUUCUCAAUCGAUGACAUAAAUCUGUCCGAGAUCGAGUGUCCACAUGUAACUUUGCAGAUUAAUGACUUUGAGAGGGUUUUGAACACUAGCAAAUUUGGACAUGCUAUAUACAGCCCACGGCAGUACUCCAGCAGGGGGUAUGCUUACCGGGUAGCAUUAGUUCUGUACCGGACAUAUAUCGGACUGUUUGUGCAACUCUUGUCUGGUAAAUAUGAUGACAAGCUGGAGUGGCCUUGCCCACAAAGGCAGGUGACUUUCCAAAUGCUGGAUCAGACACCCAACAUCCAGCUGCACAUGUCGAAGCAAAAGAGUAUCACCACUGACCCAAACCUAGUCAGCUCUGAUGGUACCUAUCUUUGGGACAAUCCUCGUGAGAUUGGAAAAACAGUCUUAGUUGAGAAUAAUGAGAAGGUCUUUGCCGGACCUUUGAUUGGCAGAUCCUAUUUUACACAUCUGAGAGAAAUGAAGUCCAGAGACUUCCUCAAGGGAGGGAGCGCCAUUUUUGUCUUCAGCUUCCAAGAUCUCACUCCCCUAGUUAAUGGAAGCGCUCUGCCAUGUCCUAAAGUGGCACCAGCGAUGAUUGUACAUCCCCCUAAAGAUCUGGAUAAUGGCCCAUGCUCAUCACGGAUCUUAACCACCACCCUUCCACCUCCUCAAACAACAGACGACAACAGCAUUUUUGGCUUCUCUCCUGCUAUGGUGGCCUCUCCUGUCCUCACCCUCCUCCUAGCACUGAUGCUUUUGAUACCAUGAUGUACGUCUCCUCUCAUCCACAUCUCACCUCGGCACAUGGACAAGAGCAGCAAAUCAGCCACUGGCUGAGUGAUUCAGCUGAAUAAUUCAGACAGUGGUUAAUUUUCCCUUUAAAUAUCUUUGUUGUUGUUUUCCAGGUUAUGUAAGCUAAUGAAACGAGAAAGCUGCAGUGAGUACUGAACAGUUGGAUAUAUAGGUUUACUGUGUGUAUGAAAUUCAGAGAAGAAGAAAUGCCUGCAUUACAGUCAUUUGCUUUUGGUGGUGGGAUCAUACUUUUGUUAUAUUGUCAUUUAUGGAUUAUUCUUGGAAAUAUGUUCACUACUUUUAGGGAUUUCAUGCACUAUUGUAUUUAUUGGAAGCCAAUAAAAA